AUGCUAUUCACGCGCGAACAUGAGACUCCUUUCAACAAGUCUCCCGUCGUACGGGCGGUAUCCAUGAUUCUGAUGGUGGUCACUGUUUUCUCCGUCUUUAUUCGCCUUCUUACGCGACUAGCUGCUGUCAAGAGGCUAAAAUACUCGACUUUCUUUACAUCUGAUGAGAUAAUGAUACUUACAUCAAUGAUUUUCUCAAUUGCUCAAUCGACGAUGGUUUAUACACAGGGCUCUAAUGGACUAGGCAAGCUUGAUGUAUCGUCCUCCCAAGUAUCUUCAAUAUUAAAGGCCCAACUUGGGUCCGAUGUGCUCUUCUUUAUCACCUUGGGUUUAUCCAAGCUUUCCGCUACAUCAACCAUUUGGACCAUGUCGCCUUUGUCUAACAAGAAGAUCCUACCAAUUCAGAUACUCAUUGGAGGUUGGGCUAUAUCUGCAGUGUUGGUUCGAAGCUUUGCCUGCUCGUUGUCGAAUCCCUGGGAUUAUCUCAAUGGACGUUGCAUCAAUAUGGUAGCUUUCUGGAUCUACGCCGACGCAAUCAAUAUUACCACCGAUCUUUUGAUCACCGCGCUCACACUUGGGAUAUUGGUGCAUCUACAAAUGCCCAUAGGGAGAAAAUUAAUGGUCAUUGGUGUAUUUGGAUCACGCAUUGUGCGCACACUGAACUCACCAACACCCAUAUUCGAAAUGUGGAUGUCAACAAUCAUCAACCAAGUCAUACAAUGCCUCGGCAUAAUGACAACCUGCAUCCCUUUCUGGUGGCGAUUUCUCAAGAGUAUGGAGUCUGGGCAAAUGGGAGCAGGAGACAUUUUCGGCGCAUUGAGCAGAAGCAACAACACCAAGAGCGGGGGAACUUCAUCUCGGGGGCAGGCCUUUGAGUUGACAGGAAGACCGAGCACGGCAAAAUAUGGUGGGACAUGGGACGUGGAUGUGGCACGGCAGAAUAGCCAGGAAGCCCUUGUCGAUCCCUCUGCUGGUACAGGGAAUUAG